AUGCCCUCGCAGCAGUUCGCCGAGGAGUAUGACUCACACGAGUCGCUGCAGGAUCAAUACUUUGACGCCUACGCCGACCUUGGCGUGCACCGCGUCAUGCUCGCGGAUGCGCCUCGCAUGUCGUUUUACCGUCAGAUACUCACUUGCGAGGCGGUCGUCCGGGACCGCGUAGUGGUGGAUGUGGGCUCGGGGACAGGCGUCCUCUCCAUUUGGGCGGGCCGUGGAGGGGCAAGGCAUGUUUUUUCUAUUGAGGCCUCGUCGCUGAGCUUGGCCCAGGCGCAGGUCAUUGACGAUAAUAAGCUUUCGGAUAAAAUCACGUUGCUCUCGGAGACGGUGGAAGAUAUCGUUGCAGAAGGGGUUGCAAGUUUUAUUGCGACGCACGAGGCGUUGUUGCGGGGGUGCGGAGUGUCGUUGAUUGUAUCAGAAUGGAUGGGGUUUUACCUUCUACAUGAGGGCAUGCUGCCGUCCGUCAUCCGUGCGAGGAACUUCUUUGCGGAGGUCAAUGCAAAACUGGGGAUUCUCUGCCCGAUAGAGAUGGUUCCUGAGCGGGCAACCAUACGGGUGGCGCCCAUAAACUGCGCCGCGUACUAUGAGGAGCGCUACCGCAAGUUCUGGGGCGGCGUCGAAGGCGUCGAUCUUAGCCGCUACGGCAAAAUGGAAUUUGAGACCCAACUGGAGGCAACCAAUCCGCUCAUUGACACAGUGCCGUCCGCAUGCCUGUUGCACGAAGGUGCGACGGUGGCGGAGCUGGAGCUCACCUCUCUCCCGGAGGACGCGGUGAAAUCACUGUGCCGUGUCAUUCAUUUCAACCUUUGCGAUUCCGCGGCGUUCCGACGGCACUUUGGCGCCACCCAGCCAGCCUCGGUGGCCGUGGACGGUUUCACGGUGUGGUUUGAGGUGCACUUCCGUGCGUGGAGCCUGAACACCUCGCCGUGCUGCCCUCCCACGCACUGGAAGCAGACAACUAUUUUACUGCCAGCCACAGCGCGGGCGGAGCAGCUCGUGGCCUUUACGUCUCCCGAAGCCACGCUUGAUGUCGAGCUGCGGCUCUUGGCGACAGAUGCCGCAUUGCGCUGUUACAGCAUUGAGUUUGAGCUAAAGUAA